CCAAUAUUCAUCAAGCCCAAUACUCUUCGGUUCAAACCCUAUCGGAGAAGAGAGUAGCUGGUUUCCUUCCGCGGCAGUUCUAACCAUAACCACAGCGCACCUCCCUCUUCGGCGGCAGCCGCCUCCGCCAGCUUCUUCACUCCGGCCACAAGGAGCUCAACUGAAUUUGCACCUUUUGUGAUGGCGAAUUCACCAGAUGUGGAUGCAGAUGACGACUUCAGUGAACUCUACAAGGAGUAUACUGGUCCCCCUAGAUCGACCUCUGUCACUGCACAAGAGAAGACAAAAACAACUAAAAGGUCUCAUGCAGGUUCUGAUGAGGAGGAUGAACCUCGUGAUCCCAAUGCUGUGCCAACUGAUUUUACCAGCCGAGAAGCCAAGGUUUGGGAGGCCAAGUCAAAAGCUACAGAGAGGAAUUGGAAAAAGAGAAAAGAGGAAGAAAUGAUCUGCAAAAUAUGUGGAGAGUCGGGCCAUUUUACUCAGGGAUGCCCCUCUACUUUGGGAUCAAAUCGUAAAUCUCAAGAUUUUUUUGAAAGGAUACCAGCCAGGGAUAAACACGUGAGAGCAGUUUUCACUGAUAAAGUAGUACAGAAAAUUGAAAAGGAUAUUGGUUGUAAGAUCAAGAUCGAUGAGAAAUUCAUAAUUGUUAGUGGCAAGGACAGGUUAAUUUUGUUAAAGGGAGUGGAUGCUGUGCACAAGGUGAUUAAGGAGGAAGGUGAUCAAAAGGGUUCUUCUAGUUCUCACAUGAGUAGAUCCAGGUCACCUGAGCGAAGCCCAGUUGGCUCAAGAUCACAACGUUCUGAAGUCCAUAGAUCACAUUCUGGUCCUACAAAUGCAUCACAAUUUCAACCUAGGUUUAGCAGACGGGAGAAGGUUGUUGAAAACCGUGUUCGUGAUGAUCUGCAGAAAUAUCCAAGGGGUUCGCUACAAGCACGAGCUUACGGCAACGAUAGAGCUAGAGGUCGUUCAAGCCACUCAAAGUCUCCAGCACAUCCGCCGUAUUCUGGCAGCUCGUUCAAUUCAUAUGAUAGUUAUCAGAACAAGAGUGCAUAUGGUAGAACCGAAGGAUGGGAUAAUGAGAGAAGAGGAUCUGAUUUGCAAUCUAGUCGUCAAUUUGAGUACCCAGCUUUUCCCCAGUCUCUUGAAGAAUUGGAGAUGGAGUAUAAAAGGGAAGCAACUGAACUUGGAAAGAUUCGUGAUAAAGAAGAAGAUGAAGAAAACUAUAAACACCGUGAGACUAUAAGGGAGAUGAGAGAGAACUACAUGAAGAAAUUGGCUCAUUUGAGGGGUACGCAUGCAAAACAGUGGGAUGAAUUUCUCCAACUUGAUGCCCAAAGGCGUCAGCAACAAGUGCACCAGCAAAUGGCCGCUUCAGGUUUUGCUGGUUAUAAGCAGCAUAACUAUUCUGAAUAUGAUGGUGGCUCAGUCAAUUCUCAUUACGAUGGGGCUAAUCUAGCCACCCUCGACUCAAGGAGCAAGUACCCAAACCAUAUGGAGAAUUACCCUUCAAGGCCUCAUGGUAAUUUCGGGGAGUUUCAACGACAGAGGCGUGACGAUUAUGGGAAUGCUUACAAACGAUACUAAUUUGUUAACCAGGAAGUGAGUUGGAUUCAGAUCCAUCUUGGGUAGGCAUAAUGCAUGGAGAAGCCUCUAAUCAAAGGUAAGUACUUAUCUUACGGUCGACCGAGUAGAUAAAAGAUAAGAAUGGUAUGCAUUCGUUGUAGCCUACUUCAAGUUGUUUUUCUCGUUAUCUUUGAUAGUUCAGCUGGUUCGGAACUUGUUGUAAAGAGCGGCACGGGAUGUCAUCUUGAAUUUAUUAGUAGAUGAAGUUCUCAUGAACGGUUGAGAUUUUGAAUUAGUUAUGAAUUGGUACCUUGGUAUACUUUUCUUCC